ACGACGUAGCUGUUGAAGCGCGGAACUUCGGAUUUUUUUCAGUUUAGGAGGAAAUUGCGAGGAAACUUCCCAUUCUCUCUCCACCUCUCAUUCCGUGUGGACUGAGAAACUUCCGCCGGAUCUUCGGCAGCGAGGCCAGCAGAGUGGAGAUCGCGCGAGUUGGAUGCGUCGCAGCUAAGACGUGGAGGAGGAGAAAGAAGCGCAGGUGGCAACAGCUGUGAUAGAUCCGUUGAGCUCGAGAAAGGAAUCGAGGUCGAGAUGUACUGCUGGUAGUUGGUUCAAACAGGGCGAGAGUUGUACGGGGAUGUUAAGGAGGUGAGAACCGAGGGUAUGAGGUUUCGAUCUCGGGGAUUUUGAUGCUGGGAGAAGCCUGGGAGAUUCUUCGCGUUCGAGUUCUAUGUCACUUUCUCUCUGGUUUCAUUGUUUGAGGUUACAUUCCAAUCUGCUAAGCUAAGAUUCGGGAAGCCCGGUGUCAUCUCUCCUGUGGAUUGAUCGUCAUGGAACAGCUGUCGCCGAGUAGAUACCAGAGGCACUGCGACGAGGAGAUUGGGAACGGGGGCGGGAGUGGUGAGGUCGAGGGUGAUGUCUGUGUUUCUUACGACGCCUUUGACAUUCCGCCGAAGAAUGUACCUAUCGAGCGGCUACGGAGAUGGAGGCAAGCUGCUCUUGUGCUUAAUGCAUCUCGUCGGUUUAGAUAUACAUUGGAUUUGAAGAAGGAAGAAGAGAAAGAGCAGCUAAGGAGGAAGAUCCGAGCACACGCCCAAGUCAUACGGGCUGCUUUUCUUUUUAAAGAGGCUGGGGAACGAGAGGCACCAGGCACACCUGAUGUAGCACCAGCACUGCCUACCGGCAGUUAUGGGAUUGGGUCAGAGCAGCUCACUACAAUGACCAGAGAUCAUGAUAUGUCAUCUUUGCAAGAAUGUGGCGGGGUAAAAGGCUUAUCAAAUCUAUUGAAGACUAAUUUGGAUAAAGGAAUUGUUGGAAGCAAUACGGAAUUAUUACAGAGGAGAAAUGCAUUUGGGGCAAAUACAUAUCCUCAAAAGAAAGGAAGGAACUUUUUGGUAUUUCUCUGGGAAGCUUGCCAAGAUCUAACUCUUGUAAUCCUUAUAGUAGCUGCAGUUAUAUCCUUAGUUUUGGGCAUAAAAACUGAGGGUGUCAAAGAAGGAUGGUAUGAUGGUGGAAGCAUUGCAUUUGCUGUUAUCCUUGUUAUUCUUGUUACAGCUACCAGUGAUUAUAAGCAAUCUCUUCAGUUCCAAAAUCUUAAUGAGGAGAAGCGGAACAUACAUUUGGAGGUUAUUCGAGGUGGAAGAAGGGUUGAAAUUUCAAUAUUUGAUAUUGUCGUUGGUGAUUUAGUUCCCCUCAAAAUUGGUGACCAGGUUCCUGCUGAUGGAGUUUUAAUUUCUGGGCAUUCUCUUGCUGUUGAUGAAUCAAGUCUAACAGGAGAAAGCAAAAUUGUGCACAAGGAUCUGAAAAUACCUUUCUUAAUGUCUGGAUGCAAAGUUGCUGAUGGUUAUGGGACUAUGCUGGUCACUGCUGUGGGGAUCAAUACUGAAUGGGGAUUAUUGAUGGCCAGUAUAUCAGAAGACAGCGGUGAAGAAACUCCUUUGCAGGUUCGCUUGAAUGGCGUUGCUACUUUAAUUGGCAUAGUAGGGCUUUCUGUUGCUGCUUUUGUCUUGGCAGUCCUUAUAGCUAGGUACUUCACUGGUCAUUCAAAGAACCCUGAUGGAAGUGUUCAAUUCAGCAAGGGGCAGACGAGUGUGAAAGAUGCAAUAAAUGGAACCGUAAAGAUUUUGACUAUUGCAGUGACUAUUGUGGUGGUUGCUGUACCUGAAGGUCUUCCACUUGCUGUUACAUUGACUCUAGCAUAUUCAAUGCGAAAGAUGAUGGCAGACAAGGCAUUGGUGCGGAGGCUUUCAGCUUGUGAAACUAUGGGAUCGGCUACAACAAUCUGCAGCGACAAAACUGGAACUCUAACACUGAAUGAGAUGACUGUCGUGGAAGCACAUGUUGGUGGAAUGAAGCUUGCUGCUCCAGAUGAUGUAAAACAGCUAUCUUCUUCUAUAUGUUCUCUAUUGAUUGAAGGCAUCUCUCAGAAUACAACUGGUAGUGUGUAUGAGCCAGAGAAUGGCGCUCCUUCUGAAGUUACUGGCUCUCCUACAGAAAAGGCAAUACUUUCUUGGGGUAUUAAGCUUGGUAUGAAAUUUGAUGAUGCUAGAUCAAAAACAUCAAUUCUUCAUGUUUUCCCCUUCAACUCAGAGAAGAAGCGAGGAGGUGUUGCAGUUCAUGAGGCAGGCUCUGAAGUCGUCCAUGUACAUUGGAAGGGAGCAGCUGAGAUUGUCCUAGCUUCAUGCACAAGCUGGAUAGAUUCUCAUGGUCACCUGCAGGAAAUGAACUCAAAUCAGAUCGACUCAUUUAAAAAAGUUAUUGAAGAUAUGGCAGCACUAAGCCUUCGCUGCGUUGCAUUAGCAUACAGAUUACAUGAACUGGAAAAUGUACCAAGGGAACAAGAAAGGGACAGUUGGGCAUUGCCUGAGAAUGAUUUGAUUCUGCUUGGUAUCGUAGGGAUAAAGGAUCCUUGUAGGCCUGGGGUUAGAGCUGCUGUGGAACUAUGCACCAAUGCAGGCGUCAAGGUCCGCAUGGUCACUGGAGAUAAUCUUCAGACUGCCAAAGCUAUUGCUUUGGACUGUGGAAUCCUUCAUUCAGAAGAGGAAGCAACAGAACCAACUCUAAUAGAGGGGAAAGUUUUCCGUGCUCUUUCUGAGAAAGCUAGAGAAGAAGUUGCUGAAAAGAUAUCAGUAAUGGGAAGGUCUUCUCCAAAUGACAAGCUUUUGCUAGUGCAAGCACUAAGGAAAAAGGGUCAUGUUGUUGCUGUAACUGGAGAUGGUACAAAUGAUGCUCCAGCAUUGCAUGAUGCAGAUAUUGGUCUGGCAAUGGGAAUACAAGGUACUGAGGUUGCAAAAGAAAGCUCGGACAUUAUUAUCCUUGAUGAUAAUUUCGCUUCAGUAGUGAAGGUUGUUCGGUGGGGUCGGUCAGUAUAUGCAAAUAUUCAGAAGUUUAUACAGUUCCAGCUCACUGUUAAUGUUGCAGCACUUGUGAUUAAUGUGGUUGCAGCAGUUUCAUCCGGUGAAGUUCCUUUGAAUGCUGUUGAGCUUUUGUGGGUUAACCUUAUUAUGGACACACUUGGUGCACUUGCAUUAGCCACUGAGCCGCCAACAGACCACCUUAUGAAGAGACCCCCAGUUGGCCGGAGGGAACCGCUUAUUACUAAUAUCAUGUGGAGAAACCUCAUAGUACAGGCACUUUACCAAGUAACAAUCCUCCUCAUACUGAAUUUUGGUGGACGAAGCCUUCUUGGUUUAUCCGACGAGACUCGAGAACACGCCGAUAAAGUGAAAAAUAGCUUCAUUUUUAAUACGUUCGUCUUUUGUCAGAUAUUCAAUGAAUUCAAUGCUCGGAAACCAGAUGAGAUGAAUGUCUUCACAGGGGUUACAAAGAACCAUCUUUUUAUGGGAAUAAUUGGGAUAACUCUAGUGCUUCAGAUUGUGAUUAUCGAGUUCCUUGGGAAGUUCAGUAAAACUGUCAGGCUCAGCUGGAAGCUGUGGAUGGUUUCUAUUGGAAUUGCAUUCUUGAGUUGGCCACUAGCUGUUGCCGGGAAGCUCAUUCCUGUACCAAAAAUUCCUCUGGGGGAAUAUUUUCGGAGGUGCCUCAAGCUACAACGCAAAGAAAGCCAAGGGGUUGAAUCUCUGCGACCGGGAGGUUCAUAGUUGUCAAAAAGUACUUGUAAGCGGGUACCUGUAAUUACUACCACUAACCACUAAAUUGUUCCUAAACUUGGUUAGCUACCAGUCUCAGCAUGCGUAAGAAAUGCAUUGACCGGAAAUUUUUUGUUUUUUGAGAGCACGAAGGAAACAUGAGAUUGGUAGUGGGCAGCUAAGUUUCCAAUUUUCUACCAUCCCUAACUUUUAUCAUAUAUUGCUAUAUAUUAUGUAUGAUUAUAGCAACAUUGAGUAAUGGCUAUACAUUACAAUUUAUUUUGAUGUAAUUGUAAUUAAAACUUGGUGGUGCGCCUAUUUAUAACUGUUAAUUGAAGGUUUGUUAUGAA